AUACCAAAUAUGUAUUAAAUGUAUUGCAGUCAUAUCCAUCCACACUGUUCAGUUUUGUUUCUGUUUCCAAUGAACUUGCAAAUGUUUCUUCAAUUGUGGCAAUUUGGGAGUUGUACUAUCACAGUUGCCUUGGACCCGUGAAAGCUAUCAGAAUACUCAGGAACCAAUUAGCCUCUUGAGACAUUGAAAUUAUGUCUCAAAAAAAUAAUUUGCUCAAACCCAAAUUAUGCAUUGGGAAAAGCACACGUUCUUGAAGAAUGACAUACUGACUGACUUGCUACUUACUUACUGCAAGCGGGCUCCACCAGUGAAAAAUUGACGUCACUCACAUCUGCCUGACCUGCGUAUUGGAUAGGUAGCUAUCUAGCCUAGCCACUGUGCUUUCAGCAAUUCCUCCUACUAGCUAAGUUAGUAUUAGUAAUAAUAGUCCUUAGCAAAGUAGCUAAUGUUUUAUGUAACGAAGUCGUUUGAAACUCAAUGGUUUUAGAUGCACCGUAGACCAUGUGCAGGUGGGACAAUGUUGGUGAGGUUCCGAAGCCAACACAUCCGGUCUUCAGUGGCCCAUUGGAUUUUUAUCCAGUGAACUAGUAAGACAGUUCACGUCAUGGGAAGGAUCAGCUUAUCAUGCUUCCCAGCCUCCUGGCACUUCAGCCUGUCUCCCCUGGUUCUACCCAGUGUCCCACUACCUUCAUUCAGGCAGCUGCUCUUCUUUGGUCUGCUGGUGGGACUGCUAGGACUGAUUUACCUGUUGCUGGUAACAGGAAAGGGCCAGGACAGCUGGAACAGAAAGGACAACCAUUUCCACAGACACUUGGCGAGGGUCACAGAUGUGGAGGCCACAGACACUAGCAAUCACAACCUAAACUAUGGCCUGGUGGUGGACUGCGGCAGCAGUGGCUCCAGGGUGUUUGUGUACUGUUGGCCCAGGCACAAUGGUAAUCCCCAUGACCUGCUUGACAUCCGACAGAUGAGAGAUCAGCACAGGAAGCCAGUGGUCAUGAAGAUCAAACCAGGUAUCUCGGCACUAGCAAAAGCACCAGAGAAGGCCAGUGAUUACAUCCACCCCCUGCUGAGCUUUGCUGCCCGGCACAUUCCUAAACACAAGCACCAGGAGACCCCUCUGUACAUCUUGUGCACAGCUGGAAUGAGGGUGCUGCCUGACAGUCAACAGGAGGCACUUCUUGAGGAUCUACGGACUGACAUCCCUGUCCGUUUCAACUUCCUCUUCUCUGAUUCCCAUGUGGAGGUCAUUUCUGGCAAGCAGGAAGGUGUGUAUGCAUGGAUUGGAAUCAACUUUGUCCUUGGAAAGUUUAAUCAUGUGGAUAGUGAGAGGGAUGCAGUAGUAGAGGUGCAGGUACCAGGAGGUGACCAGCAGGAGGCGCUGGUGAGGACACGGACCGCCGGUGUUCUGGACAUGGGUGGCGUCUCUACACAGAUAGCAUACGAAGUGCCCAAAUCUGUAAGCUUCGCUUCUCCACAACAGGAGGAAGUGGCCAAAAAUUUGCUUGCAGAGUUCAACCUGGGUUGCGAUGCCCACCGGACAGACCAUGUCUACCGGGUGUAUGUGUCCACCUUCCUGGGCUUUGGAGGAAAUGCUGCUCGACAAAGAUACGAGGAGAGCAUUGUCAUGAACACUCUCACUAAAAACAAGCUCCUGGGUCAACAUGUAGGUGAGACAGGAGAGUCCCCCCUCCUGGACCCAUGCCUACCCUCAGACCUGCAGGAUGAGGUGGGGCCAGCCACACAGAAACUCCACCUGCUUGGCACGGGGGAUUUUGAUCACUGUAGACAGCUGCUUCAGCCCUUCCUCAACCACACCAAUGAGACUCACUCCUCCCUCAAUGGCAUCUACCAGCCUCCCAUUGACUACCCCAACAGCCAGUUCUAUGGGUUCUCUGAGUUCUACUACUGCACAGAGGAUGUGUUGCGCAUGGGCGGGGAUUUUAACUCCUCAAAGUAUGCCAGUGCUGCCAAGAGUUACUGCGCCACCCAGUGGAGAACUCUGAAAGAGCGAUUUGACUCAGGCUUGUAUGGCUCUCACGCUGAUGUUCACAGGCUCAAGUACCAGUGUUUUAAAUCAGCCUGGAUGUAUGAGGUAUUUCACGCAGGCUUCUCCUUCCCUAUGGACUACAAAAACCUGAGGACUGCCCUUUUAGUCUAUGAUAAAGAGGUACAAUGGACUCUUGGAGCCAUCCUUUACAGAACCCGUUUUUUGCCUUUGAGGGAUAUUCAGCAGGAGAGUCUGAAAGGAGUCCACUCCCACUGGCGUCACAGCUUCUCCUUUGUCAACAACCACUACUUGUUCUUGGCCUGCUUCCUGGUUGUCCUCCUAUCCAUCCUGCUCUACUUGCUGCGCCUCCGACGUAUCCACAGCUGUACCACGCAACGCUGCACCCCCUCUACUGUUAAGUGGCUAGAGGAGGGUCUCAGAUCCCACCCACUCCCUAUCACCCUUUAGACUUCACAUCUGUCACUCCAAAAUCAGCCUUUUCUUCCCCAGCUGGAAUCCAUUUGCCUGCACCUUUAUGUUAAGGUCUUCAUUUCUUAGCUGGAAAUGACAAAGACUAGAACAUAGUUGGAUUUUGAAUGAGUCCAAUGAACAGAGACGUCAGACAGCAUUGGGAUGAACUGUUGAGUUUGCACCAUCCAUGAAAUUCUUAAUGUCUUUUUUUAUGAUAUCAAAAUAUCAGCCUUAUGUUUCUGGAAAUGUGAACGAGGUACAAAAAGCGUAACUAUCCUUGCCUGAAGUUUGUGAGGUCCCAUCCGUACAUGGUCCAGUUAGGCAGGCUUGUUCAAGCUUCCUGUAAGGUUCAAAUGGCAGCUGCCUCACAACUUACCCUAAUUAGUCAUUCCUAAAACAGCAUAUUGUGAAAGAAUGCCCCUAAACUGCUGUUUUUUCCAAUGAAGGAGCACAUCAUUGAAUGAAUGUGACAAGACAAUAGUAGGUUUAUGAGGACGAUGAUGAAACAGUUGCUGUUUUACAGUACAUAUUUAUAGAUUCACUGUUCUUGAGUAGACUUUCACUUAUCUGUCACAUUAUCCUGAUGCAAUUUCAUUUCAGUGUCUCUGUUUGCAUUUUGGGUGCAUGAUCAGUGAAUGUUGUGUGCACCUCUGUUCACCCUCAAAGUUUACUGCUCUGCUUGGCACCUGUCAUACUUUGAUUUACAGCUUAUUUUUUACUUAGACUGCUGCGCCACAGAAGAAAACUAAGGUUAUGCAUCUCAGUGCAAGAGGCGUCACAAUAUUACCUGGUUCAAAUUCAGGCUGUAUCAAAUCCGGCUGUGAUUGGGAGUCCCAUAGGGCGGCACACAAUUGGCUCAGCGAUGUCCGGGUUUGGCCUGAGUAGGCCAUCAUGGUAAAUAAGAAUUUGUUCUUAACUGACUUGCCUAGUUAAAUAAAAAUGUGCAGUUAACUACUUACAGUUCUUCAGAAAACACUGUUCUAAGUUUGUUUUGAUCUAUUGUAGUAGGCUUUUGUUACACUAGGUCCUUUUUUUCCUCACUUCCCCCCAACCCUAUUGCCGAACAGGUAGUGUUUAUCAAAGCUGCAAUGGCGCAAUAUUUAUUCAUGUAUUAUCACUGGAGAGAUGCUCCAGUCCACAUCAGAUGAAUUCACAUCGAGGGCUCAGCUACAGUAGAGUAAAACUUUGCUGUCUCCUCAGUUCAACGAAGUGACAGGGUGAAGAUAAUUUAAUUUGGGAAUCCCUUCAUAUACUGUCAAACUCACUGGGCUUUGUUUUUAGAAGCUGUUGUUUCACUGCUGUAAAGGGGAUAGUUUAUCAAAGCACAUAACACAUUUCACCCCAUGCUUCCUGAAGCAUCUCCCACAAGUUGGAUCGGCUUGAUGAGCACUUCUCAAUAGGGUUGAGAUCCGGUGACUGUGCUGGCCACUCCAUUAUAGACAGAAUACCAGCUGACUGCUUCUUCCCUAAAUGGUUCUUGCAUAGUUUGGAGCUGUGCUUUGGGUCAUUGUCCUGUUGUAGGAGGAAAUUGGCUCCGAUUAAGCGCCGUCCACGGGGUAUGGCAUCGUGUUGCAAAAUGGAGUGAUAUCCUUCCUUCUUCAAGAUCCCUUUUACUCUGUACAAAUCUCCCACUUUACCACCACAAAAGCACCCCAGACCAUCACAUUGCCUCCACCAUGAUUGACAGAUGGCGUCAAGCACUCCUUCAGCAUCUAUUUAUUUUUUUUUGCGUCUCACGAAUGUUCUUUGUGAUCCGAACACCUCAAACACGUUUUUUCCCCAAUCUUCGUCUGUCCAGUGUCUGUGUCCUUUUGACCAUCUUAAUAUUUUCUUUGCAACUCUGCUUAGAAGGCCAGCAUCCCGGAGUUGACUCUUCAUUGUUGAUGUUGAGAUUGGUGUUUUGCGGGUACUAUUUAAUGAAGCUGCCAGUUGAGGACUUGUGAGGCAUCUGCUUCUCAAACUACACACUAAUGUACUUGUCUCCUUGCUCAGUUGUACACCGGGGCCACUCACUCCUCUUUCUAUUCUGGUUACAGCCAGUUUGCGCUGUUCUGUGAAGAGAGUAGUAAACAGCGUUGUACGAAAUAUUCUGUUUUUUGGCAAUUUCUCACUUGGAAUAACCUUAAUUUCUCAGAACAAUAAUAGACUGAGGAGUUUCAGCAGAAAUGGCUUUGUUUCUGGCCAUUUCGAGCCUGUAAUCGAACCCACAAAUGCCGAUGCUCCAGAUACUCAACUAGUCUAAAGAAGGCCAGUUUUAUUGCUUCUUUAAUGAGAACAACAGUUUUCAGCUGUGCUAACAUAAUUGCAAAGGGGUUUUCUAAUGGUCAGUUAGCCUUUUAAAAUUCUAAACUUGGAUUAGCUAACACAAUGUGCCAUUGGAAUACAGGAGUGAUGGUUGCUGAUAAUGGGCCUCUAAGCAUAUGUAGAUAUUCCAUAGAAAAUAUCUAUAUAGCCGCUUCCAGCUACAAUUGUCAAUGAUGUAAAUGACUGUACACUGUAUUUCUGAGUUUAUUUUAAUGGACAAAAAAAUAGGAAUGUCCUUGUUUUUGAAAGAAAAGCUAAGUGAUCCAAAAGUUUGGACACAACUACUCAUUCCAGGGUUUCUUUGUUUUACUAUUUUCUACAUUGUAUGAAAUAACACGUGGAAUCAUGUAACCAAAAAAGUAAUAAACAAAUUCUUCAAAAAGCCA